AUGGCUCGCUCACCCAAGUAUUCGGAGGACAGCGACUACGACUUCGACGAGGAGUACUUCUCCCGCACCUACCAGCCUCUUUCAAACCUCCCUACCCCUCCCCCCUCGUCGAAACAGUCAUUGGCUGCUCAAAGUCCAAGAGCCCUCCUGGAAGAUGGAGGGCUCCUCGACUCUGUCUUGCUGGGCCCAGCAGUGCACCUAGUAAACAUGAUCCCGCCAUCAGCAUCCGUAAUGGAGCCCUCGGUACAGUUGGUUCAUGAGAUGCUUGUGCGCGCCAAUCUGCCCAUGGACGUGAUCGCCCUUGCGGUGUGUAUCCUGGACGCGCUCAACUCCAAAUUCUCUCUGAACUGGCGACUGCUCUGCCCUCUCGCCAAGCCGCAACAACCGCCGUCCCCGUCCGGGGAGACGACAACGAGCCCCAGCAACAAGCGACACACUCUGCCGGCAGCUCCUAGGGGGGGAAGCUCAACGUUCGUCAUCGCCCCGCAACUCCACAUCGACGCGGUCCGGCCAGAGGUGAUCAUUCUAUCGGCGCUUGUCAUCGCCGUCAAGUUCCUAGAGGACAGCCAGUCACCAACCCACUGGUACGCCUCGGCGUGGGGGAAGGACAUGUGGACGUGCGACCAGAUCAACGUGACCGAGCGGUGCAUCAUGGAGAGCCUGGGCUACCGCAUCAUGCCGCUGUGGGAUGCGACGCUGAUUGCCGAUGCGCUCCGCGACAUGGAGCGCGCCGGCAAGCAGGUGCUCAACCCGCCUCGUUCGCAGAGGCCCAGAAGUGGGGAGGUGCAUAAACGGUCGGUCAGCUCGGUUGAGACAGCAGCGGCGCACCAGCAACAGCAGAAGCAUUCGCAUCAACAACAGUGCCAGCGCCAUCAUCAUUAUCCGCAACAUCGCCAGGCUGCGAGUGGCCCGACGCCGGCGGAGACGCCGGUGUUGGCGCAAUGA